AGAAAGCAAUCAGCUGUUUUGGUACAGUCAAUCGCAAUGUCAAAACAAGUACCGACGGUUCGUCUUAGCAAUGGGUAUGAAAUUCCGGUCCUCGGCUAUGGGACAUAUUUGGCCCUACAGGGACAGUGUGUGGAGCUGGUAAAGAAAGCCAUCGACAUCGGUUACCGGCACAUCGAUACGGCAUAUCUGUACGAGAAUGAGGUCGAAAUCGGGCAAGCGGUACGGGACAAGAUAACCGAGGGAGUUAUCCGGCGCGAAGACAUAUUCGUAACGACAAAGCUGUGGAACACAUUUCACGAUCCGCAAUAUGUCGAGGAAGCUUUCCGGCGUUCGUACGAAAUGCUCGACGUUGGGUACAUCGAUCUGUUCCUGAUGCACUCGCCGAUGGGAUUGAAGUUCUCUGGUUACGAGUACGGCGAUAUGCAACCGAAGGAUGCCGAUGGUAAUAUGCUUUUCUCCGACACAGACUAUGUGGAAACGUGGCAGGCUAUGGAAAGGUUGGUCACUACCGGGAAGGUGCGCAGCAUUGGGUUGUCAAAUUUUAACAGUGAACAAAUCCAACGCAUCCUUGCGGUUGCCACGGUGAAGCCGGUUGUUAAUCAGGUGGAAGUGAAUCCGGGCUAUGAUCAGCGUAAGUUGAUUGCAUUCUGUAAGGAGCAUGAUAUAAUCGUGACUGCGUAUGCACCGAUGGGAAGACCACACCGAACGACGUACGGCAACCGUAACGCUCUGGAUGAUCCGAAGGUGUUGGAGAUAGGGCGAAAGUAUGGUAAAUCUGGUGGACAGGUUAUUCUGCGAUAUUUGCUCGAUAUCGGAACCAUUCCAAUCCCAUACUCAACCAACGAUGAACGCAUGCGACAGAAUAUGGAUGUAUGUGACUUUAAGCUAACUGAUGAAGAAGUUGCAUAUCUUGCCUCUUUUCAUUCGGCACGCACAAUUCCAUUUUUACCGCUCAAGUCCCACCAGCACUAUCCGUUCAAUAUAGAGUUUUAGGAGCUGUGGAAAUUGGUGGACAAUGACUAGGGAAAUAGGUGCAAAUAGGUGGCUUGCAAUGUUUUUUUUUAAAUAAAAAAUGGAUGAACUGGAAACUGAA